AUGCACCUCAUUUAUGGAGAAUGUCGGUGCAAUGCUAACGCUGCUAGCAGAUUGUAUCGGGAAAGGUACCCGAACGCCCAAAGAUACCCAGAUUACCGAGUAUUUAUGAAUGUGCAUCGAGCGUUCUCGGAGGGUCGUUUGCCAUCAGCCAGAAGCAACGCUGGAAGACCUAGAUCGGAAUACGAUGAAGAAGUUCUCAAUGAAAUAAACAUUGACUCAACUACUUCAGUACGCGCCAUAGAAGCAGCUACGGGAAUCCCAAAAAGUACGGCUCAUCGAAUUUUAAAACGUCACAGGCUUCACCCAUACCACUACAGACGUGUGCAAACAUUGCUACCACGGGACUAUCCACUACGGAUCACAUUUUGCCGUAUUAUGCUUCAAAAGCACCGGGAAGAUCCUCAAUUCUUGGACAAAGUACUAUGGUCGGACGAAACAACAUGCAAGAAAGAUGAAUAUUUAAACCUCCACAACCUACACAGCUGGAGCAAUGAAAAUCCACACCUAAUGAGACAGGAAAAAUCCCAAUAUCAGUUUAAGGUUAACCUAUGGACGGGCAUAUUAAAUGGAAAAGUGAUCGGGCCUUUUGAACUACAAGGAAACUUGGAUGGUGACAGUUAUUUGAACUUUUUACAAAAUGAUUUGCCAGAAUUGCUUGAAGACGUCCCCUUAAGAGAUUUACAAAAUAUGUGGUUUCAAAAUGAUGGUUGCCCAGCUCAUUACGCUCGUCCUGUGAGACAAUACUUGGACCAAGAGUAUUCCGGGCGUUGGAUUGGGCGACUUGGUCCUAUCUUAUGGCCACCCCGAUCACCCGACCUAAACUCCCUGGACUUUUUCUAUUGGGGUUGUCUCAAAGACAAAAUCUAUGAAAAACCCAUUACGACAUUGGACGAGCUUCGGCAAAAAAUUAGUCAGGCUGCGUCACAUAUCAAUGCUAAAAGGUAUGCACGAAAAAUAAAACGCUCUUUUUUAAGGCGAUGUCGUGCAUGUAUUAAUGCCGGUGGAAAACAAUUUGAACAUUUACAGUGAUGUUAAUUAUUAAUAAAUGAAUGAGACUAAAACUCACUAUUGUUUUAUUUCAAUAUUUUUUUUAAAUAUUAAAACAUUUCGGAACAGUACAAUUUAUUACUCACAACUUUGGUUCUUGACUCUAAAUGGUAUGAUUUUUAGUUUGUCGCUAGUUAUCAUGAAGUAUUAUACCAUUAUGGAAUCUUCAUGAGCUGCGUCAAUUUUAAAAACAACUUGCCGCAGUAGUGUCCAUACUUUUUUUCUACAUGACUGUGAGUCAAAGAUUACGGAACGUAAAAAUCUGUGAAAAUUUAAGGAAAAAAAUACAUUUUGAUUGUUUUUUGUGUAAAUACUGUGGGCAUUUAGGUGUUUUUAACAGUUGUAGCAAAUAGUAGUGCUACUUAGGUAUCCGAUACCAAAAAAAGAUUGAACAUAAUUGAGAUGUUGUGGUCGUGGUAGUUGAAAAUAUCAUAAAAGGUGUAAAUUUUCGAAUUUUAUUUUAUAAUAAAAAAGAUUAAUAAGAUAUAAUUUUUUUCUUAUUUUUCCAUAAGUAAACAUGAGCAGGUCUACCUCUUGGCGCCCGCUUAUCGUUGAAUUUUGGGACACGUUGUAUAAGCACUCCAAAAAAUUUUCGCAAAUCUGAUAUGUUGUACGCUGUAGAUUUUUGAGGAUUUUGUUGUGUCGCAUAUAGGUUUGUUUCUUCUACUAUGCUUUUCAUAAAAUCUUCAGUAAAAAAGUAACUGAAGCAUGUGUAUGGGGAAUCCAAAUGUAAAAUCUCAGGUCCUAAAUCACAAUUACCUUGAAAAGUGAUUUUGGAUUCAUCAAACUUCAUAUUUGAUUUUUUCCAGACCAAUUUUCGUUUGUCUAGCAAUCCUGGAAACAUAUGUCCAGUAGGAACCCUCAUGCUUUGCACCUGGAUGUUUAUUUCUUCACUUUCUAUUAUGGGAGGGUCACUUUCAGGAUUUUGUGGACUUUCUGUGUCCUCCUCAUCACUUUGUAACAUAUCUAGUACUUGUUCUCUAUUGUGGUUUUCAAGAACAUUUUCCUCCUCUUGGUCGGACACCUCCAAAUCAUCAUUCGACAGCCACCCAUCUUCAAGUAAUGCUAAAUAUUUUUCAAUAUCUUUGUCAUUCAUUGUGACAAAUAUCAGCACCUAAAACAGACAACAAAACAAAACUUUAGUCAAAAUAGUUAUUCAUAGCUCCUAUAGAAUCUCAAAAACCAUGA